AUGAACUUCCAACGCCUGGCCAGAUUUACAACGAAUAUCAUAAAAGGUGCCGCUUGUAUACAUUUAUUCAAAGAACAUGUAUGCACGGUUACCAUGUGCAUGGGUCCAUCCAUGCUUCCUACUUUCAAUAUAAUAAACGACAUUGUGGCAUAUGAGAGAAUAAGUCCUCGCUUGAUGAAUAUUGAUACUGGAGACGUGGUUGUGUGCAUAUCGCCAAGGAAUCCAAGACGUGCCGUAAUGAAACGAGUAAUUGGAAUGCCAGGUGAUAUCAUUUGCACCGAUCCAACAGCAUUUGAGCGAAGGUACAUAACUGUUCCUCGAGGACACGUAUGGUUGCAAGGUGACAAUAUGAGUAAUUCGACUGACUCGCGCGAAUAUGGUCCAGUGCCAUACGCAUUAAUUCGCGGCAAGGUAUUCGCAAGACUAUGGCCAGGAGCUACCUGGAUAAGAAAUGGACGAGUACCGAUUGAAGAACAAUCAGAGUGA